UGUCCUCCCCAGCCCGGAUCCUGGCGGCUUCCCCUCAGGGUCCUCUCCAGGCCCUCCCUUCCUGAGGCAGGCAGAGCUUCCUGCCAGGGAAGGGCUGUGCUGUGCUGCAGGUCCUGGGACUGCUCAGGCGUUGUGCUGGGCCACCGUGACACCAGGCCCUCACCCUGUGUCCCAGCUCACCCCCAUCCUACAAGAUCCAUGAGGCCACGACCUGCUGGGGGACAGCACAUCCUCCAGGAAGACCACAGAGCUCAUGAGCAGCCAGCUGGCAAGCCAAGAGCGCUGAAUAUGCAGCCGAGAUCUCCCGGCCACCCUGUCCCCCAGCCAGGAGGCCCACCUGUCCACAGCCCCGGGACCAUGAAUGACACCUGUAGCUCCGAGAAUGUGACCUGGCCAGCCUGGCUGGAGCGCGUGGUCUUCCCCAGCUACCUGGGCACACUGCUGGUGAUGGGCCUGCUGCUCAACGGGCUGGCGUUGUGGGUGUUCUGCCGCCGCAUGCAGGGCUGGACGGAGUCGCGCAUCUACAUGAGCAACCUGGCGGUGGCCGACCUGUGCCUGCUGUGCACACUGCCCUUCAUGCUGAGCUCCCUGAGCCACACUUCUGACACGCCACUGUGCCAGCUCUCCCAGGGCUUCUACCUGCUGAACAGGUACAUGAGUAUCAGCCUGAUCAUGGCCAUCGCCCUGGACCGCUACGUGGCCGUGCGGCACCCACUGCGAGCCCGCGGGCUCCGCUCCCCACGACAGGCUGCUGCUGUGUGUACCGCACUGUGGGUGCUGGUGGCCAGUUCCCUGGGGCUCCGCUGGCUCCUGGGGGUGCAGGAGGGCGGCUUCUGCUUCCGGAGCCACUCGGGACACAGCCUGCGCACCUCAACAUUCUUCUCGCUCCUGGGUUUCUACCCGCCGCUGGCCGUGCUGGCCUUCUGCUCCCUGCAGGUGACGGCCUCCCUGGCCCAGAGGCCCGCCACCGGGCCGGGGCAGACAGAGGCCACCCGCAGGGCCGCCCACAUGGUCUGGGCCAACCUGGCCGUGUUUGUGAUCUGUUUCUUGCCGCUGCACGCCGUGCUGACGGCCCAGCUGGCCACGGACCUGCAGUCCUGCGCCACCCGUGUGGCCUUCAGUCGUGCCCUCUUUAUUACCAGCAAGCUCUCGGAUGCCAACUGCUGCUUGGAUGCUGUCUGCUACUACUACAUAGCCAAGGAGUUCCAGGAGGCGUCCACACUGGGCAAGCCACUCAGCGCCAGGGCCCACAAGAGCCAGGACUCCCUGUGUGUGACCCUCACCUAGCAGCCGGGCCUCCUGCGGGG